AUGGGCCCCUCUUCUGCUCCGUCAUGUACGGAUUACCACCUAGCCGAGAAGAUCGGGUCAAAGACGGAAGACCUCUUCAAGUCGCGAGCCGAUCGGCCCCAAUUAGAAGUCACAGCCUAUGACCGGAAGAGAGAUGAAACUCAGCGAUGGUCGCUACAAAUUAAGUGGGAGACUAGCAUCAAUGAGUUGUCGCAGCUGGGAGUUUUUACAGAAGACAAUGACGCCUGCACACAUAUCUAUACAAUUCGGCAUCUGCGAUCCUGGACGACUUUAAAUAUAUCCCGCGAACUGUUCGAGCAUCUACUGGCCACGCACAACGUUUUCCCUCAUUUUUGGAAGACUGUGUUGACGUUUGGAAGGAAGACAGAAGAAAACGAGUAUGCGUUUCCACCAUUUCGAGCCCGAAGCUCACACACUGCACAUGGGAAAAUUGACGAGUUGACAUAUGUGAUUCGACGCGUGGAGCGAAACAAUCGCCAUGUGGAACAGGGAGUGUCCCCAUGGUCGAUCCGUCAAACGGGGGUAUAUCAUCAAUUGAGAUAUGGAGACAAUGCAUCUCAGAGUACCUCAGUGUUCAUCCUGGUUGCACCGUCGCGUGCAGCUGAGGAGGAUAUUGCAUGUUGCCUUCAAGAGACCACGCAGGGGAACGAUAUCAUGAAACCAUCGUUUGCUGUGCAUGAACAACUUGUUGUGGACAGCUUGAGAGGGUGGAUGGAAUACAUGGCCUGGCUGGAGGAAGAAUCCAAGCAAAAAUCCAACCGCGUUCUUGUCUCGGACAUCGACAGCAAGAAAAUAUACUUCAACGCCGACGAUCGACAGCGACUCAAACAGCUCGAAGACUACAUCACCGAUUUGAUCGUGAUUCUUCAGACAAUGUACGACACUGUCCGCCGUAUUGGCAAGAUCUGCGAGCGAUGUUGCGAAAUCAGCUGCGGAGAUGUGUGCUCGUGCAGCUACAUGGUGGAAGAAUUUGGAGAACAUGCGGCGGAGGCUCAGUUAUAUCUGCAACGCGCAGAGGUCCUAAAGGCUCGAGUCCGAUCGACCGAGCAGCUGUUAUCCGAUCUUCUGGGAUAUGAAGAGACAAGGGCGUUGAAGCGACUGGCCGAGAUUUCCCACGAGGAAAGCCACAACAUCACCGAACUUACAAAACGGAGUGUCCAAGAUGCGGCGGCAGUGAAGAGGCUUACCAUUGUCGGCUUGGUGUAUCUGCCCACCACCAUCGUAGCUAGGCAACCCCGCAUAACAACUGAACCAAGGGUGGUGAAAGGUAUUGAUGAUGGGUUACGACCUCCUUGUGCUCCAGGACUAUGCCGGGAAAGCUCGACGGCCAGCUCUAGAUCAGUACAAACGGAACUAAGUGACCCAGAUCCAGCGUUGGCUCAACUGCAAACGGAUUUAAUGGCGAGACUCGAGAUGUGUCCUUUGGAUGGACUUCCAUGGUUCGUCCCAAAAUCGUCACUGGAUAUACUGGUGAAAGAGGAGACCGUACGGAAUAUUCUCGUGGGAGGUCGGCUCGUGCCACUAGAUCGAGUGGAGGAAACGGCGCAGGAAAUCCUCCAGCACGCACGAAAUCUCUUUGCGGUCUUGGUCGAUCAGGAUAAGAUCAGGUAUAUCAGCGGGUUUCUGGAAGAAGGGAUAGGAGACAAGGACCUUCCGUUCAUCCGACAGAUGAACAAGGGCGCGCAAAAGCUGAUGUUGGAAACGAGUCACCACCGGCACAUUAAAACCCUCGAGAACUGGGACCAGGGUUCGCUCAGGAUCCUUGAGACUGAGCAGUACAGAAUGCUCGCUCCAGUGCUUCACUUCAGAGGACAUCAUGAGUUCACCGAGUUCCAAACACUCCCAUAUGUCUCACUGGAUGCAGAGAACCAACGGGGGUGUACUGCAGAAGGCGGAUAUGCCGAAGUGUUCCAGGCACGCAUCCACCCCGAUCACCAUGAUUUCUGGGAACGUCCUACAGAUGAGGACAAAGGACCUUUGGUCGCCAUCAAACGCCUGUACUCCUCGCACAAGUCUUCUUUCAUCACCGAACGCAGAUUUCACGAGGCGCUGGGGGCUACUAAUUGUCACUCUCACCUUAUCAAUCUUCUGUGCACGUAUAGGAAGGGAGAGAAAUACCACCUGGUAUUCCCAUGGGCCGAUGGGACUCUUCGGGAAUAUUGGCGCAGGUCUCCAGCACCGUCAUUCAGUAGCCAAACGCUUCUUUGGUCUUUCAAGCAAAUGGUGGGCAUUGCCAGUGGUCUAUCCCUGAUUCAUGAAUUUAGCGUACCGGCGGAUUCGCCGGAUAGCACCCUGUUUGGGCGACAUGGAGACAUUAAAGCAGACAACAUUCUGUGGUUCUCAACGUUCCAGGGUUGCGACGAUCCAGACGGCAUCCUGCAGAUUGCAGAUAUGGGGCUGGCAAGCAUUCAUCGCCGGGGAUCUCGAUCAAACGUAAACCCGGCCACAGUCAUCGUUCCUUCCACGUAUUCCCCACCGGACGCUUUUCGAGGGAGGCGUAUCUCCCGGGCUUGGGAUGUAUGGAGCCUUGGAUGCAUGUAUCUCGAGUUCGUCACAUGGAUCUUGUGUGGAUAUGAGGCCAUCGAGGAGUUCUCCAGUCUUCGGGGAAGCGAAGACGAAGAUCCAGAGUUCGAGUUUAGUUCCGAUUGUUUUUAUACCGCGGAUUUUAAUGGAAUUCGGCUGUCGGUCUUCGAGUGGGUUGAUUUCCUGCGAAAUCACGACCAUAGCUCCGCGGCCAUCCAUCACCUCUUGGACUUGAUCAUGGAAGAGAUGAUCGUUCUGGAGCCCCAGCGGCGGAGUCGUUCACAGAGGAUCUUGCAGCGAUUGAGUGAGAUCUAUAACCAUGUACAAGACAACCCCGAGUACUUGCUGCAGCCUGUUUCAGAUGGUCAGCCUUUGCUGGAGUAG